GUGCCGAGAGACCCCGGGUCAGUUGCAGCAGAGACCUGGAGCUGAAGAAGAACUUGUGGGAGCUGGUCCUCUACCUCGUUUUCCUGAUAGACCUAGGUGUAGUGGCGUUUGGCAGGGUGAGCACCGACAUGUACCACCUGAACAAAGUCAUGUCUCAUCUCUUCCUGGAGCCCUCCGCCUCUGAGGACCACAGGAGCGGUUUCAGAAGCAUUGUCAGCAGAACAGAUUUCUGGACGUUUGCAGAGGGACCUCUGUUGGAUGGACUCUACUGGGACAAAUGGUAUGACAACACGACGUUAACCCUCCAGAAAAACAACAGCCAUAUUUACUAUGAGAAUUUGCUGUUAGGAGUAGCCCGGAUUCGGCAGCUGAAAGUACGCAACAACACUUGCUUCAUCUACCCGUAUUUCCAUAGUUUUUUAGAAGGCUGUUACAGUGAAUAUCAUUAUCGAGCCGAAGACAGAUCAGACUUUGGUCUAAGGAACGGAUCUGAAUGGAAAUACACCUCAGCCUCCUCAUUAUCCCCAUGGUACUGGGGCUCUAUAGGUUUCUACAGCAGUGGAGGAUAUAUGUUCACCUUACCUAAAUCGAAGCAGGAGAGCGUGGAGAAGUUGGUCUUCCUCAGGCAGAACAGCUGGCUUACUAGAGGAACCAGAGCUGUAUUUAUCGACUUCUCAACGUACAAUGCAAACAUAAACCUCUUCUGUGUCAUCAAGUUGGUGGUAGAGUUCCCUGCCACCGGGGGUGCUCUCACCUCCUCACAUAUCUACUCCGUGAAGCUCCUCCGAUACAUCACAUACUAUGAUUACUUCCUGGCUUCUUGUGAAAUCUCCUUUUGCCUCUUUAUCGUUAUAUUCAUAAUCCAGGAAGCCACAAAAAUAGUCAAAAUGAAAGAGAAAUAUUUCAGAAGUGUCUGGAACUGGCUGGAUUUGCUGCUGCUGGUGGUGUCCAUCCUUGCCAUUGGCUUCAACGUCUACCGCACUGCCAAAGUGGCCCUGCUAAUGGAAGAGCUGCUGGCUAAUGCCCACGGGUAUCCAGACUUCUAUUUCCUCGCAUUCUGGCAAGUCAUUUACAACAACAUGAUUGCUGUCAACAUGUUCUUUGCUUGGAUAAAGAUAUUUAAAUAUGUCAGCUUUAACAAAACCAUGAUGCAGCUCUCCUCCACUUUAUCUCACUGUGCCAAAGACAUAACUGGAUUUGCCAUCAUGUUCUUCAUCAUUUUCUUUGCCUACGCCCAGUUUGGCUAUCUGGUUUUCGGGUCACAAGUUGAAGAGUUUUCCACUUUCCCAAACUGCAUCUUUACACAGUUUCGUAUUGUGCUGGGAGAUUUUGAUUUUGAGACUGUGACAGCAGCAAACAGAAUCCUUGGACCUAUUUACUUCACCACAUUUGUAUUCUUUGUGUUCUUCAUAUUGCUGAACAUGUUUUUGGCUAUUAUAAAUGACACCUAUUCACAAAUCAAAGCAGACUUUGAAGUAAUACCCAGUGAAGAACUUCAGCUCAGACACCUCUUUAGACAGACUUGCAGCGAGGCCCUUGUCAAGCUCAAGUUGAAGAAACCGGAGAUGGACACAAACCCAGCAGCUGAGAGCUCGGGAAGGGAAUUUUCAGCCACUAAAAGAAAGGAUGCUUCUAAGCGUUCUGAUGGAGACAGUGCUAAUGAAGAGAGCUGUCUGAAAUUACCAGAGCUACAGGAAGGGCAAGAAAAACUUCAUCAGAAGCAUCCACUUACUGAGGACACUGACUUAGUCACAGCUCAGAGCUACAUCUCCACUGCAGAAUUUAAGUGGCUCGUAAGGCGUACGGCUGCGCUGGCGAGGGAAGUCAGUAACAUCAGUGCAGAAGGCAGGAGAACUAACACAAGUGUGCAACAAAUGAAGGCUGCUUCAGGCACGAAUACACGAGCUCUGCUAACAGAGAUCGCCUGGCUCUUCACACAGUUUAAAUAA